GCGUCAAGGCGCCCCAAAUGUCCACUUCCAGAUACUACAAAAAGAGUGUUUCAAACCUACUCUGUGAAAGGGAAUAUUCAACUCUGUGACUUGAAUGCACAUAUCACAAAGAAGUUUCUGAGAAUGCUUCU